UCCAUCAGUUGAACCAUUCAUGAAGGACGUAACUAUAAGAGGAAGGAAUGAGGACACACACGCACUCUCAGCACACACACUCUUAAAGUUUCAGAUAACACAAGAAACACAUAGGUCUACACACAAUAUAAUCUACCCGAGGUUAAACAUGGAAUGCUGACAUAGUAAGACUAAAGCAGUGCCAACAUCUGAAUAAGACUGGAGUGCUAAAGAGCAGAGUUCACACAGGUGUUUUCACUUGCCACUUGUUGCCUCCCCCUUACACCUGGUUCCCUUUCAGCAGCCUCUCUGUGCUUGACCACAUUGUUGUGUGUUUGUGGCAACCAACUGUCUGAUUAGUGCACACAGUGGGGGAGAUAGACUACCAAAAUUCCCCUGCCUCUGUUCAGUUGAUUUUCGGUGUGGGCAAUAGCAAUACCAAUUAAAAACGUGAGACCUGGUGAAGGAAAGAGUGGAAAACAGGCAGAGAGAGUUAGGACGGUUGAGAAAAUUUUCGAGACAGUAUCCGUCCAGAUUUCUUCUUCCAGCUUCAUCAUACUCAUCCUCCUGCUCGUCUUCCAUCAUGGCUGCCAGACAUACAGUCAUGUUCCUUGUGGCGGUGGUCCUCUCCCUGCCAGAGGUCAUUCGCAGCUUCCAACCACUCUUCUCAUUUCAUGGGAAUUCCACCACUCACCGUGACAUCACACAAAGGGCAGUCCUCAGAAAGACAGCUGAGGUCUGCCGAGACAUUGCUGCCUCUGGGGGACGGGACUUCAGCUUGACUAUUGAUGACAGCCUGUCAGUUGACAAAGUGCAAAGGGCCUGUUCCUCUACAGGUACAUCCACUUCUCUCCUCUCAACUGUCAAGUUCCAAGCUUCCAUUGCCAAUAUGUAUUUAAGCAACGCAGAAGUGGAUGUGGUUUUUUCACUGAGUGAGAAGUACCAUUUUGAUGAUGAGACCUUUGAGGGAGGACGGGAUGUCAUCACAGCAGGUGUGUCUGCUGUGAAGGCCAGUGUGAAGCUGGAGAACUUUGUUGCAGGAAGGUGGACUCUUGGACAAGUCUGCCACACCUUACAGGACUUCUACAGCCACAGUAACUGGGUGGAGCUGAAGAAAACCACUCCUUACAGCACUCUGAUCAGACCAGACCAACCUCUUGAGAACCUGGCAGGCCCAGGUACUCCAACCUGUAGAAACUGUAACGGGGGGGAUUGUUCGAACAACCUUCUGCCUGACCUGCUGCAGAAGGGGCUUCUCACUUCAGGCUACUUUAACGUGUUCUCCUCAGCAAAGCCUGCAGGUAAAUGCAGCCACGGGGGAUCAUUGGACCAAACAAGCAAACAGGACCCAGUGGGGGGCAUCAAUAAGGAUGCUGUUGAGUCCAGUCAUGGCUCAUUUCACCACAAAGCAGCUGAUUUGGCUGUGAAUGCCACUAUGGAGCUACUGGAGGACAUCAGAGUAGCUGUCGGAGACAAGAACUUCCUGCGAUUGAUGGGCCUCUCCCAGUCCGCUGUGUUGUGUUUUGUCAUUGACACCACAGGCAGUAUGAGCGAUGACAUAGCCGAGGUUAGGAGAGUUUCCUUUGAUAUCAUUGACAGUAAGAGGGGAACACCACAGGAGCCCUCCACCUACAUACUGGUACCUUUCAAUGACCCAGAUUUUGGACCUUUGAUUGUAACAACUAAUGCGGACGUCUUCAAAGACAGCAUCAGCAUGCUGUCUGCAAGUGGAGGAGGAGACAUCCCAGAGUUGUGCUUGUCUGGACUGCAGCUUGCCCUGACUGCUGCUCCGCCCUCCUCUGAGAUCUUUGUCUUCACUGACGCUCCAGCUAAAGAUGCUCAACUGAAAAGCACCGUCACUGCCCUCAUAGAGAGCACCAAGUCUGUGGUAAAUUUCAUGUUGACAAACAUCCCGGUCAGUCGACGGCGCCGCAGAAGCCCUCAGGGUGUGAUUCCACGUUCAAUGAGCCCAUCAGACUCCCAGCUGUACCGUGACCUAGCCCAAGCCUCUGGAGGUCAGGCCAUAGAGGUCACCAAGUCAGACCUCUCUCUGGCUACAAGUGUCAUAGAGGAUUCCUCAGCCAGUGCUGUGGUGACAGUUUUUCAGGUAGUGAGGAAUCCUGGAAGGCCUGAUAAUUUUACGUUUACUGUUGAUGGUUCUUUAAGGAACAUGACUACCUACAUCACAGGAGCCUCAUCUCUCACCUUCAGUCUCACCAGCUCCACAGGUGUAUCUCAGAGUUCCAGUCAGUCCAGUGGUCCUCUGGCAUCCUUCACCACAGUGGGAAACCUACGUCGUUUAAGCCUCAACACUGACAAUCAAACAGGAUCAUGGGAAAUCAGUGUUAAUUCCAAUAACCCCUACACUGUUAAGGUCACGGGUCAAAGUUCAGUGAACUUCAUUUAUAACCUUGUGGAAGCUCAUGAAGGAGCCCACGCGGACUUCAGUCUAAAGGAGGGACGUCCUCUUUCAGGUGGUAAUGCCAGCCUCUUGGUCUCAGUGACAGGAAGUGACACAGUAAAGGUCACAGAGGUCACUCUGUUUGACAGCUCAGGGCCAACAGAGGUCAACGGAUCAUUGCAGUCAUUAGGCAGCGGUAACUUCCUGGUGACAUUCAGUGGAGUCCCAGCAGGUGAAUUUGUGGUUUGCCUGAGAGGAGAGGACAGCAGCUCCACCUCCAGGUCAACACCGAGCAGCUUCCAGAGACAGGCCUCCACACAGAUCAAGACCUCAAGCAUUGUUGUUACUGCCCAAGCCAACAACAACAACAUAGAACCAGGCUCCACCAUCUCCAUCCCUUUCACAGUCGCCACAACCACCAGUGGAGUUGUUAACGACUCUGCAACUGGGACGUUUGCAUUGCGAGCCAACAAUGACCGCAGCUAUACUUCAACUUCACCCAGCAACAUCACCAUAGCAGCGGGCAGUGGCGGCAAAGCAAAUGGCACUGUAACCUUAACGGCACCAGCCAGCGCUGCAUCAGGAACAGAUGUGACCCUUACCAUUGAGGUAGAAAAUGCAGCUGCUACUGACAUCAACUACGCUGUCCUCAGGUUUUCUGUGGCUGCCAAGGUGACAGAUGUUACCCGCCCAGUGUGCCAGGUAGUCAGUACAUCAACCAGCUGUCCCGCCUCUUCAUCGCUCUGUGCUUCCUCCCAGUGGGAGUUCAUCGCUAAUCUCACCGAUGGCAUCAAUGGAACCGGCAUUGAGAGCAUCACUAUCCGCAAAGGGAACGGUACCCUCAAUACCAGCACAGUGGCUGGAGCAGGGGGAGAGAACAUUACAGUGGUUACCUUCAGCGCCUCCUGCUGUUCACAGAAUGUAGAGCUGGCUGCUGUGGACAGAGUGGGAAAUGUGGGGACAUGUGUGAGACAGGCAGGAGAAUCUACCACAGCUGCCCCUGUGACUACAGCUCCAGUUGGCAUAACAUCCACUGGAAGGCACACUUUGAGCAUAUCACAGUGUCUCUGGUUCAGUGUUGCAGUUUCUCUCCUUUGGAAGUAGAAGGGAUAAAUGGAAAUUACACUGUAAAUGUUGACUUGUAGCACAGGAAUCAAGUGUCCUCUCAGAAAGUCUUUUUAUAUCUUUGAUUUAUUUCAUCAGGUGUGUUUAAAUGUAAUUACCACUGCUUGAAUUGAUUUGAAUGAAAUCAUUGUUACCAAGAUCUCUUUAAUUUGUUUAAUUAAUAAUUUCUUGAUGUAUAAAUAAUUACAGUUUUUAUUUUAUUUUGCUGCUCUAUGUUUUGGAUAUAUAAAAAAAAACCUCAAGAGAUACUUUGAACAAUUUAUUUGUAUUCGUGGCGGUGUAUAGAUUUGUCCCAGCCAUCAUAGCUGAGUGGUGAAGUGCCUGAAGCUGCCAUUCAUUGGCUGCUAGAUGCCAGACGAACUCAAUGGAAAGAUCGGAGUCCUCCAAUAUCUCUUACAAAUAAUUAGUACUUUUCCACAAGUAAUUUUAUGGCAAAUUUGUGAACCACUGUUGAGAGAUGUACGUUUUUUGAUAGUGGUGAGCAAUAAACUGUACUCUGAAUUCUUGACAACUUCUCUAAAGAAACCUGACAUCAGACCUGCAUUAUUACUGGGAGGGAACUUUUCAUUCGGAGAUACAGUUUCACUGUUAUAUACCAUCUAUGUGAAGUCCAAUGUAUUGCAGGGAUUAUUUUGUGAUGAAUAAAUGAUUUCCUUUUUCUGUA